AUGCGCCCUCGAUUGCCCUCACACUUGGCCCUUGGUGCAGGCCUCAAUGUGCCUCUGUCAAUACGAUCACCCUAUAACUGUCACAUCCACCGUACCAUUUGCCAUCAUGCGCGUCGAACCUCGAUACACCGCGUGUCCUCCAAGAUCCACAUACGAGGCGCCAAGACGAAGACAACAGUCAAAUUGAAAGACCUACCUCAAGGUGUUUUGAAACUAAAACCUUACGAUGACCACGCGGAGGACACUCCCCGGUACCCGACAGUGGUACAGGGCCAUCGAAACAAUAUGCAGACGUUCCAGAAUUGCGUCGUGUUGACUCGGGUGGGGGGCUUUUAUGAGCUAUACUUCGAGCAAGCAGAGGAACUGGCGCCGUUACUCGGCAUCAAGCUUGCAACGAAAAAGACCAACGGUGGGCCAGUGCCUAUGGCCGGUUUCCCCUUCUUUCAAUUGGAUCGUUUUCUCAAAAUGCUUGUUCAAGAUCUGAGCAAGUACGUGGCUAUCAGUGAAGAAUUUGCCAUAAAUGCGGAUGACAAGUUAAGCUCGGGUGGCCUUUUGUUUGACCGAAAGGUAGCUAGAAUCAUCACUCCUGGCACGCUGAUCGAUGAAAAGUUCAUUGAUCCCUCCGAGCACAACUUCCUGCUGGCGAUCUACUUCGAUAUUCCGGCGUUGGAAGCUCAGUUGAAACUGCAUGCUGAGCAGGAUGGAGAAUCGUCCAAGCAACAUGUGCUAUCUUCGGUACCCCAGCAAGUAGGGUUAUCAUGGCUAGAUCUCUCGACGGGUGAUUUCUUCACCCAGCUCACGACGACUCAAAUGUUGCCGUCUGCGAUUGCUCGUAUCGGAGCUCGUGAGAUCUUGGUGGAUCGAAAUGUACAGGAUAUCAUUGGCCACGAACUACAGAUGUUGGUUGGACAUGAUCACCGACUGGUCACUUUCUUCCAAUUUCCCGAAGUAAUUGAUCCAGUAUCGGAAUGGGGAUCAAUGCUCGAGUCUCCUGUCCCAGCACACUCACGCGCUUUGUUUACUCCCAAAGAAGUCGCAGCUGGUUUCAGCCUGCUCGAGUACACCCGUGUGCAAUUACAAGGAAUUAAUAUAAAGCUUCAGCCUCCACUCCGGAAACAUCCACAGGAGUCGAUGAGUAUUGAUCGCAAUAGUUUAAGUGGCCUCGAAAUCUUGGAAACUGCGAGAGACGGAUUUGGCAAAGGAAGUCUCCUCCAUGCUGUCCGGAGGACAUCGACCAAAAGCGGAGCAAGACUUUUACGAGACCGGCUGACUUCGCCGUCCACGUCAUUGCAGGUCAUUAAUGAUCGCCUGGAACUCGUUGCAAUCUUCAUCGAACAUGUAGAGCUUCGAGACAGUAUCAUUCAACUCCUCAAACGCAGCUAUGAUUCCCAGCGCUUGGUUCAAAAGUUCGCCUUCGGUAAAGGCGACCCAGACGAUCUGAUAUGUUUGUCCAGGGCCAUCGAAGCGUCGAAGGAAGUGAAACAAGUCCUUUCGAGCCACAGCCGAUUGGUAUCCUCAACAAAUACACCUGACUCCAAGCACAGCAUCUCCUCUAUGAUCUCACGUCUGUAUCUUGAUGGUCCCUCUGCCUUGGCAGAUAAGAUCGUCGCGGCGAUUGACGAAGAAGGAUUACUACAAAAGCAGCGGAUCGAAGAUAGUACUGCUGCAGAGGCUGCCAGUCUGGCAGAAAAGGUCACACUAGAUGAAGGCACACCGGGUGAUCUCGAAGCACUUCCCAAAAAGGUCCGUGGAAAGAAAGCUGACCGAGCUGCUGUUGCCGACAUUGACAGUGGUCCACCUGAUACGUGGAUCAUGAGACGUAAUGCAAGUCCAAGUCUGAAUGGUCUUCACACGAAAUUGGAAGACCUGAGCGAGCAAAAGAUAGCCCUUACCCAACGGCUCCGCGAGUCAGUUGAUUCCACGGCCCUGAGCCUGAAAUGGACACCAGGGUUGGGUCACAUUUGCCAUGUUAAGGGAGCCAAAAUCUCGCAGCAAGCUUUAGAAGAAUUGGGAGUCACUCGAAAUGUUUCAUCCACCAAAUCCACGCGCUCGUUCUACCUACCCGCCUGGACUGAACUUGGAGUCAAAAUGGACCACGCCAAAAUACAGAUUCGUCAGGAAGAACAAGCCAUCUUUGAAAGUCUUCGCCGUGAAGUGAUCCUCAACUUGGUCAAGAUCCGCCGAAAUGCAGCCGUCAUGGAUGAACUAGACGUUGCCUGUUCAUUCGCUCUUCUAGCACAAGAGCAACAAAUGGUGCGCCCAAUCCUGAACGAUGGCACCCAGCACAAGAUCGUGGGUGGAAGGCAUCCUACGGUCAAGCUAGGACUUGAAGAGCAAGGACGCUCAUUCGUGAGCAACGAUUGCUUCCUUGGUGACUCUCAGCGAAUCUGGCUUAUCACCGGGCCAAACAUGGCUGGCAAAAGCACCUUCUUACGACAAAAUGCGUUGAUCACCAUCCUCGCGCAAGUGGGAUCCUUUGUGCCUGCGGCUUAUGCCGAGAUCGGUAUUGUCGACCAAAUUUUCAGCCGCAUUGGCGCGGCCGACGACCUUUUCCGUGACCAGUCCACGUUCAUGGUAGAAAUGCUGGAAACCGCCACUAUCCUCAAACAGGCCACACACAAAUCUUUCGUGAUCAUGGAUGAAGUCGGCCGUGGCACAACGCCCGAGGAUGGUACUGCCGUUAGCUUUGCUUGCCUUCACCAUUUGCACUAUCACAAUCAGUCGCGCGUGCUCUUCGCGACCCAUUUCCACGGGCUAGCGGACAUGACAGAAAAGUUCGAGAAAUUGGAACGAUACUGUACUGAUGUCAAAGAUCUACCUUCGGGUGCUUUCUCCUUCGUUCACAGGCUGCAGAAGGGUGUCAAUCGCCAGUCUCAUGCUUUGAAGGUUGCUCAGCUGGCUGGGUUGCCCACGGAAACUCUUAAGCUAGCCCAGCAAGUUCGGGAUCAGAUGCGCGGCGAGAUGUCACCUCGAGUACCUGAUGAAGCAGCACUCUAA